CUCAGAUAACACCCAUUAUUUAUUGAACUUUACCAUCUCAUCCUCUCUGUUUCCUUCUGAGUUUUAUAGAGAGAAACACUGAGAGAGAGAGAGAGAGAGAGAGAGGAGCAUCCAUGGCAGCAGUAGGGAGGUCUUUUUACAGUGAUGUGCUGCCAUUCACGGCGAUGGUGACGAUGGAGUGCGUGAACGUCGGCCUAAACACUCUCUUCAAAGCUGCCACUUUAAAUGGAAUGAGCUACCAUGUCUUUGUUGUCUACUCUUACUCUAUUGCUGCCUUUGUUCUCAUUCCAGCUCCUUUCAUCUCCCACAGAUCAAGGGUGCUUCCUCCUCUCAACUUCUCCAUAAUGUCUAAAGUUCUUCUUCUUGGACUCAUAGGGAGUUCAUCACAGAUCAUGGGGUACACAGGAAUCAACUACAGCUCUCCAACGCUUGCUUCAGCCAUCAGCAAUCUUGUGCCAGCUUUCACUUUCAUCCUCGCCAUCAUUUUCAGGUUGGAAAGUGCAGCUCUAAGAAAGAGAAGCAGUCAAGCAAAAAUCUUGGGUACAGUAGUUUCACUUGCAGGUGCAUUUGUGGUGACUCUCUACAAGGGCCCUCCAAUUGUGUUUGCUAAUCAGUCACAAUCCCUUUCACUCCACCAGCCUCUUCUAAACUCUACACCAACAAACCCAAAUUGGAUAGUUGGUGGCCUUCUGCUAACGGCUGAGUACAUAUUGGUACCACUUUGGUACAUUGUUCAGGCACAAAUCAUGAAAGAGUACCCGAAUGAGUUAACCGUGAUCUUCUUCUACAAUGUAUGUGUGGUUGCCGUAUCUGCAGCGGUUGCUUUGAUAACAGAACCGAAUUCCAGCGCUUGGAAGUUGCGACCUGAUAUUGCAUUGCUCUCCGUACUCUGCUCAGGGCUAUUUGGGUCAUUUUUGAACAAUGCUGUUCACACAUGGGUGUUGCGCUUGAAGGGACCUGUCUUUGUGACAAUGUUCAAGCCUUUGUCCAUGGCCAUUGCCGUUGCCAUGGGCGUUGCUUUCCUCCGUGACACUCUUCAUCUCGGAAGCCUAGUUGGAGCAACAAUAAUAUCUAUUGGGUUUUAUACUGUACUGUGGGGAAAAACAAAGGAAGAGGCCGGUGAAGAAUCUGUGCCUGCUAGCCUGGAAUCCCCAUCAACCACCCACAAGGCCCCUUUGUUGCAAAACUACAAAAACGAGAAGUAAAUCAAAGAUUUGCAAAUGUGUGUAUAUAUAUAUAUAUGUAUGAAAGAGUGAAAAACAAGACGUUCGAUUGACCAUCGACGUCUAUUUGCUUACUAGAAAUCUUCCAUAUGAUUGUUUGUGUCUGGAGAAUUAGCAGACAUUGCAGAAGUUGUAGAUGCAAAUGAGGGAAUGCCCACCUUCUCGAACACUGCUUAUCUCCUUAAAAGUAAGAAGCAUUCCACCAUUAACUAUCA